AUGGAGAUUGUGAACCCUUACCUAUGCAAAUAUAAGGGUUAUAUCUUUGGAGCAGGACUUACCACAGCAGAGUACAUCGACUCCCUUCAGACGUUUGAGAUAAGAGACAGUGACAUCUUUCUGGUGACUUACCCAAAGUCAGGCACAGUGUGGACCCAGCAGAUUUUGACAUUGCUCUGUGAGACGGGCCACACAGAUGGGGUCACGUACGAAAAUAACCUGGAGACGAUGCCUUGGCUGGAGUACCCUGAGGGACAUACUGACUACGCCUCACGCCCCUCCCCACGAUUAUUUGCCUCUCACCUCACCCCUGCUCUGAUGCCCCUAGGACUGAAAGGAAAGAAGGGCAAGAUUGUGUAUGUGAUGAGGAACCCAAAGGACAACGUGGUCUCCUAUUUUCACUUCUGCCGUGCCUGGAGCAAGCUGGAGACUCCCAGGAGCUUUGAGGAUUUCAUGGAACAGUACCUGGCAGGAGCGGUGGGUGGUUCUUCCUGGUUUGACCACAUCAGAGAAUGGUACACCAACAGGGACCAGUACAACAUCCUGUUCCUGACUUACGAGGACAUGAUCACGGAUCUGAGAGCGGAGGUGGUGAAGAUCAGCACAUUCCUUGGGAAGAACCUAGAUGAUUCCGCCAUCGACCGGGUGGUGGAGAAGGCCACGUUCAAAAACAUGAAGAAAGACCCUAAAGCCAACUACGAGUUCCUGCCCCAGGACCUGCUCAUUCGAGAGAAGGGAACCUUCCUGCGUAAAGGUACCGUCGGUGACUGGAAGAACACCUUCACUGUGGCCCAAAACGAGAGGUUUGACCAGGUCUUCCAGGAGAAGAUGCAGGACCUGCCCUUUAAGUUCGUCUGGGACAUUAAUGAGGUGUCGAAGUAA